AUAAAUUAUCUCUUUCUAGGGUUAAUACUUCUUUUCGGCAACGAAACAGAAUCGCAAGGAGUCGAAGGUAGAGGAAGAAGAAGCAAUGGAUUCGUUUUCUUCGCCGUCCAUUGGAUCAGGAUCGCCACAAAUGUCAACUUCGGAUCUCAUGGACCAGUUGAAGAAUCAGCUCGCUCAGGCUUAUGCCCAGGAGUUCCUCGAGACUGUUAGGGGGAAAUGUUUUGAGAAGUGCAUUACAAAACCAGGGUCUAGCUUGAGUGGGAGUGAAAGUAGCUGCAUCUCUAGGUGUGUGGAUCGCUACAUAGAGGCCACUGGCAUUGUUAGCAGGGCGCUUUUCAACGCACCUCGUUAGAAUAUCUUGCUAAAUUCGGAAGAAAUUCUUAUUGACAUAGGGAUCUUGCUUCUCAUACUUGUAUUCAUCUUUAGUAUUUUACCUUGGGAACCAAAAUUUUAUUUGCAUUGACUGCUAAUUUAUGAUGUGAAAUUUCAACCAUGCAAAGCUGUGUUGCCUUUGGGGUUGUUACCAUUAAUUCUGUUAGUUCUAAAAAAAUGCAUAACAUACAAAGCCUGCUAGUUGAGAUUUCUUUUUUAAUUCUUGUUUCC